AAACGCCUUCGCUGUGAGCUGGCGCCCUGGGCCGCGGAAGCGCGGCCGCAGCCGGCAUGUCCACACGGAGGGACGUGUUUGUUGAAAAAGUGCUGAAGAAACUUUUCCCUAAUGUUCCAAGUGGGCAAGAAAAAGACACACUCCAAAUUCUGACCUCAGAAACACCACCUAAGAAAGUGACCUCUAGAAAAGCAAAACACAAGCAUGUUCAUCAUCUGACAGAUGGUGACAUUAAAAUCUAUCCUAAACAACGGCUCUAUACUGUGAGUUUGCCUCCUGAAGGUUAUGUUCCCGGUGAGCCAGAACCCAACUGUACAAGUUCUGAGAACAUUGCCAGUGCUGAUGACACAGAAGCUGAUCUGGAUCCUCUUGAUCAACCAAAAAGAAGAAGAAUUAGAAAGCAUAAGCCAAAGAAAAAACUUAAAAAUCCUAAUAAAGUUCCUUUAGAACAAGCAGAAUUAGAAGAUCAAGCAGAAUUAAAAAAACAGCAGAGUCUUUUACAAGAAAAAAUACAGCCACAGCACACAGAUGGGCCCACAAUGAGCAGAAAUAAAAAACGGAAGCUGAAAAAGAAACAGCAAAUGAGGAGGAAGAAAGAAGCUGGCUUGGUAAAGAAGGCUUCUGGUGUCAGUUUCUUGUACCAGCCCGAGGAGAGCAGCAGUGAUCAGGAAGAACUGAGAGGUGCUGUAGGAGAAGGCUCUCAAGACCCCCUUGAGGAGGGUGAGAAGGACCUCAGCGAGGAGGGCACAGCCACAGACGUCUCCCAAGAAUAUGCUGACAUCACCAGCAAGGCAGACAGUGUCCUAAACUUUCUGAAGUCAACACAAGAAAUAUAUUUUUAUGAUGGUAACUCCAAAGACUCAGAUUCAGCUGUGUGCAUGGAAACCACCAAAGAACUGCUACACUGCCUUGAGUCUCAUAGCAUGCCUCCCUCAGAUAUAUUCAUUCUGGACCAUAUGAAAACACUGCUUCUUCUGCAAGACACUGAAAGACUGAAAAGGGCACUAGAGAUGUUCCCAGAACAUUGCAUGAUGCCCUCUGAACAUACUAAAGUGAUUUCAGCUUUCUUUAAUUACUGGAUCACACAAGUCUUUCCUGAGAAAAAGAGUGAAUAAAAUUAGUAUAUCUCUUUAAGAAGAGCUAUAUUUAACAUGAAGAUGUAAGAGAAAGAUAUGAAUUGGACUGACACUUAUUCUAUGUACAAAAAAAUUAAGUUCCCAACAUUUUUUGAAGCUUAAAUCUUGGAGAAUUAAAUACAUUGUUUA